AUGACGCAGAACCUUCAACACCAAGACCAGGCAUUGCCAUUUGGCAUUCACCGGACUCGAAGCCGCAUGGCAGAGCUUUUGGCGGCCGAUGUGCUCGUUGCUGCAGGUUCAGCAACGCUGAUUACCCCGGCGGUGAUGAUCUUUGAUAGACUUGUCGUCGAGAAAUCAUUCUACAACCAACCUCUCUUUCCAGCAUUCCGCAGACACCUCUGGUUCUCCAUCACACAGCCCGCAACCUUCUUAACAUCCCGCCCCAGUCUCCUCGUCUGGUCCCUUUAUACAGCAACAUUUGCAACAGCCAAUGCCUCCGAAACCAUCCUGGGCAAGUGGUACCCAAAGAUCGACCACGCCAUUGCAGGCAUGACAACCUUCGCCACAACAUUCAUUGUCAACUCUUCCGUGGGCAUCUGGAAGGAUGUGAAAUUCGCCCAACUAUUCGGCCAGCCUAAAACUACACCCACACCCACACCUACAUCUACAUCUACACCCACACCAACAUCUACAGCAUCAUCCACAACGGCCCAACCAAAUACCAAAACCAACCCCAUCCCCAAAACCGUCCGCUCAAUCGGCCGCACCCGCAUCCCACUAGCAACAUACUCAGCCUUCCUCCUUCGCGACGGCCUAACAAUCUUCGGUUCCUUCAGCCUACCAGCAAUGGUCUCAGCCUCAAUCCCCGACUCAAUCGCCUCCCAAGAAUACCUUAAGAUCCUGAUCGCGCAACUAGCAAUCCCAGCCUCAAUCCAGCUGAUCAGCACACCAAUCCACCUCCUCGGAUUGGACCUCUAUAACCGGCCGCAGGUUAUGCCUACGAAAGAUCGCGUGAGUCGUGUUAGUCGCGACUGGAUUGGCGCGUCAUUGUUGCGCAUGUGUCGCAUUAUCCCCGCGUUUGGCAUUGGUGGUUUUGUCAAUACUGAGGGUCGGCUUUAUUUGCAUGAGAAGGCUGAGUCGAACUAA